AUGGCUUCCCUGAGAGCGGCGCGUUGCGCCAUCACACCCGGCCUGCGCCAAUCCAUCGGUUUCUCAUCAGCAAGGCCACUCACUGCCUCUCUUCGCCCACACCUUGUCUCGAGGACGGCACGAUCACCUCAACGAGCAAUCGGUGCCAGAGACUUUAGUCUAGGCGGGCUCGUCAACAGCAGCGUCGAAGCUACUUCGCAAGUAGUAGUUUCGCUGCACUCGAUGAACGCGACGGGAAAUUGGACAGGCACUAUCGUGUUCUCGGCCUUGCUCAUCUCUCUGUGCAGAGCGCCGCUUCAAUACUAUGCCAGACGCGUCGUUGAAAGACAGGGAGAAAUCGCACCAUUUAUGGCCGCCUGGAGUCGCGAAAUUCGUGGGACCCGUCUCUCAAGGGCCAUGCAACUAGCCAAGGUCCGGAAACGAAUGCUCAAAGAGCUAGGGGCGCAGAAUUGGAAGACUUGGGCCCCAGCACUCGGCCUGCCCGUAUGGUAUCUCAUGUCUGAAUCUCUGAGGCGUCUUUGUGGUGCAAACAGCGGAAUCCUAUCCUUGCUCACUGGCAACUACAAGAAUCAGGAGGCUUCAGCCGGCGUCGCCUCGACUUCCGUGUCGGAACAAGCAUCAACAGCAGCUUCUUCGUCUGCCGAUGCUGUAUCUAGCAACCUGGAUUCACUAAGCUAUGUUGCGGAAGGCAUGGCAAAUGGUGGCGUGCUAUGGUUUACCGACCUCACGGUAGCCGAUCCAACAAUAUUGUUGCCUGCGAUGCUGAUGGGCACUCUGGGCUGGUUAACGAUGCCUAAAGGCGAAAUGAGGAAGUAUGUAUUCAACCUUUCAACGGCUGAGCAGAAUGUGCCUCCGGGUCUGAGAUGGCGAAUUCGCCUCCAAAGAGGUCUACUUCUCACGGCAAUCUUGAUUCCCGCACUUUGUGUCAACUUGCCAGCAGGCAUAUUUGUCUACUGGAUUUCUUCAAUGAUCUUCUCCCAGAUCUCUGUCAAGAUUAUGGAUAAAGUACGCGGCAAACACGACCCUUGGAAGCCAAGCCCUCAUUACGAGCGCUUGCACUUGCGAGGCGUGUAG